CCCUCAGCCCUCAUCGACAUACCACGGUGAGGCGCAACCUGAGCUCGGCAUCUUCCACGCUGAGCCCCUCUCCCUCCUCCAGCUGAGUCCCGGGGAAGAGGGGGACGAUGACACCUAACGGGGGACCGUGUACACCGAGAUCGACACGUUCUUACCAACUUCGACAUGUCUUACGAACAGAGGCCGAGCGGCCCUGGGAGUUGAUUCGCGCCUCACUGCUUUUUCUUAGUUUCCUUCACUGGGGACAUGUGGAACACCCUUCGGUGGGAGAACUAACUCUGCGUAGCGAACGGACCGGUCCCAGGCAGUCGGCUGAGACCAGACGGUCGAGGGGAUAUUCUCUAAAGGGAAGAUACGAGUCUGACGAUACCCUUGCAUGGCCCUGCCACUCAAUCCAAAACCGCACGACCUUUCGCGGCUCACAACCGCGUCUCGUACCGCUUAUCCACGCGAGUGUAGUACUGUUCACCGCCGCGCAAAACGUCUCUUUUCCCUUCUCUUCCUUUUUUUUCUAUCGGUGGACAGAGGAAACGGCAUGGCCAACAGUGGCUGGCACUCCUCGCCCGCGGCGCGCUGCCACCCAAUCUCUGGGCCAGACAUGCCAUCAAAAAAAACCAAAAUGAAACCCCCUCCCCCCAUGCAGGUCUCGCUCGUGAAGGUCCUCCAUUGGCCCAGCCCCUCGUUGUCAUCCAAGAUGUAAGCCCCGAAGGGGGAAGGAGGACCGAGGCGUCUGCUGUGCGUUCGCGGUGACAGUUAAAUACGCUCUCCUUCCCCGCCCCUGGU